UCGAAAGUUACGUAAGAUUUUGCCGUACAGCGCUUGCAUCGUGUGUGUUGCAAUUAAUAUAAAGAAUAUUUAGAAAAUACUCCGAUUAUUCUGUAUGUCGACGACUGAUCCCUGCAAACAAAUUGCAUGUAAAUUGCAGACGUGCUUAAAAGACAAUGUAUUUCAGCCUUCCCGUUGUCAGGAUGUACUUGAACAACUAAGAAAGUGUUGCAUAAAACAUUCUGACUCUACAGUUUGCGAUGGUAUAAAUACCUUGAAACCGUACCAACAUAAUACUGUAGAUUAUCGGAAAGCUUUAAGGUAAACAAUGCAAAGUGAAACAAGAAGAAGGGCAACAGUUCCAAAAAGAGGAUUUGCACAACGUUAU